AUGGAUCGAUUUUCUUGUUAUAAAGUUGAGUGCAGUCAUCUGUCCUUUCCAACCUUUGAACGCUACUUAAAUCAUAUUCGUAACUCUCAUAGCUUUGAACCUAACUUCAAGAUAGCAUGCACAGUUGAGGGAUGCUUUCAGACUUUCACAGUGUUUACAUCGUUCACUUCCCAUUUGUAUCGAAAGCACCAAGGGCACAUACGCUUAACGUCUGAUGAUUGUGGUCAAGAUGAAAGUACAUCACUUGUUGCCGGUGAACACCAAGAAGAUAUCUCACAUGAAGACGAUUCACGGCUUGAAGAAAAAUCAACAAGGAGCUUGUUUCUUUCUGUCGUAAAAAUGCAAGAGAUUCAUAUGUUGACAGACUCUGCUACUUCGGACAUCCUUAAUUACGUAAAGGAUGUUGUUGAUCAAAACGUUAACCAUUUUAAAGAACGUGUUCAGAGGUGCCUGUACAGUACCGCAAAUGAUCCCCAACCGCAAAUGAUCCCGAGACCGCAAAUGAUCCUCGACCGCAAGUGAUCCCCAAAGGCGACCGCAAAUGAUCCCGUGAAACUUGAGGAAUGGAAUGGAUUUUAUGGGACUGAUUACAAAAAAGGACUGAUUAUAAAAAAGGGACCUUUUCUCGCGCCUUCUAAAGAAUAAGGGAAGGAGGACGCUACAUCUCAGGUCAAUUUAUAGAAGGCGAAAAAAAGUAGAUUAAAUCUGAAAAGGAUAUGGUAUCAACCGUAUAUAAUUCUUCCUUUGUCAAUUGCUUCAAUUUUCUUUCAAGAACUGUUUCGUCGCUGAAAAUUUAAGACAGGCAGGACAUUACGCAGAAAAAAACUCUAUUCAGUUUUAACGCCCAAGCUCAACUUGUCUACUGACGAAUACAAAGCCGGGCACCCUCUACAUAACAAGAGCUUUAAUGACUUUACUGAUCUUUGUAGAAGUGUCGAAUUAAUUUUCAGAAUAUUUAGUUUUGAUUUUUCUCUGAAGUGUUAAUUUUACGUGAUAAACAGCAAGACAUUGGUUCGUAACUUAGGAGUGCCCCAGACCUGGGAGUGCCCGUUACGAAACAAGACAUGAUUUGAAAUAAACACACGUCAAAAUGCCCCCGAAUUUAUCAAUGUCCACAGGUUUCGGUUUAUUUCGAAAGAACAACUUGCUUACAGCUCAUGAACAUGUUGCGAAUAGUUAUAUUGACGCUUAUAUGUAUAUCCAUUUCUUGUGCCUUUGCUGCAGACAGUUACCAGGAAUCUAAACCUGGUAACGAGAAACGCAAACCCGAUGCAUUGAGCGGUAGUUAUCGCGUGACAAAACAUCGUGGGAACCGUCAGGGGCACCCAACGGCAAUUUUCGGGAAAAUAUAUGUUCGGAAGACGAUUUGAGAUCUAGAAUUUUCGGAGCAUUUGUUGUAAAAUUUCUUGCUUGCCUGCCUCUCCUAGGAUUUUCGAACAUCUACAAAAUGCAGUACAAAAUUGUAUACCGUAAAAUUCCGAAAAUAAGCCCCUCCAAAUAAAAGCCCCCCAAACUCGUAACGCAAAUAACCCUCCGUUAAAUCGCCCCUCCAAAUAUAAGCCCCCGGGGGCUUGUACUUGGAAAAUUGCCCUCAAAUACAAAGUAAAACAAAGCAAAAACGGCAAAUUUACUUGAAACUAUAAGUCUAGCCCAAUCGAUUUUGAAACGGAAAUUUCCCUCCGUGAAUAAGCCCCUCCGAAUAUAAGCCCCUCAAAAAGGGCCUUUGAAAAAUAUAAGCCCUGGGGCUUAUUUUCGGAAUUUUACGGUAAUUACCCAUUUUUAACGGAUUUUGACCCUAAAAAAGACCACCUAGAAUUUUCGGGAGCCUUUUCCUGGCUGAAAUUUUCGAGAAGGUAAGUUUUUAUCCCUAUAAUUUUCGGAUCACUAAACUUUCAGCUAGGAAAUCCGAACAGAUGAAAAGUUUUUAGGGUAUAAAAAUAUGCCUAUAUCUACCGUUUGAAUACUAAAAUACGUUCAACAAUGCUAUGUUAAGUGGUUUUGAACUGUAUCCUCGUUGGGUGCCCCUCAACCGUCACAUUCACAGAAAGUCGCUUAUAAUUAUUCGGAUCCAUGAGGCAUUUUAAAGAAAUUAAACAACCUAAAACCCUUAUUUAGCCGCAAUGAAGAGCAUCGCAUUUCCAAAAGAGGUCAAAGGAAAUGCUCUUGCAUUAAAGGACAAAUCAUGCCGACCAGAAACAAAAAUAACCGCAGAAAAUGCGUGUCAUGACCUCUCAGUAUGAAAUAAGCAGCAAAAAUCUCAUUUACUCAGUCAAAACGUUUUCCUUCAGAGGUAUAAUCUACCCGUCAGAGAAAAAUUCAUUGGAACAAGCAGCAUUUUGGCAUGAGGCAAAAGUCGUGUGUUGCCUACCGACUUCGUUUUUACACUUGAAUGAUUUCUUUUCAGUUAGUUUUUAUUCAUGUAUUUAUUUUAGAACUAAAAUUUAGCGUUUAAUCUAACUUUUUGUAAUAAUAAUAAAAUCGACACGAUGAUCCGCUUACUCGAGUCUAAGCCAUUCCUAUUUUUCUUUCGGGAUCAUUUGCGGUCGACUUUGAGGAUCACUUGCGGUCGAGGAUCAUUUGCGGUCCAUUUUGGGGAUCAUUUGCGGUCUCGGGAUCAUUUGCGGUUGGGGAUCAUUUGCGGUACUGUACAUGCCUAAAGGUAGAGGGAAUGGCUAUUGAUGAAGUCGAAGGGUUGGAGGAAGCUCUUGAUAAACCUACACCCUUUGAUAGUGCAUUUGAGAGACUUCAAACCGUGAGACAGAGAACAGAAUAUGCAUUAAAUACUAUGAAGAUGGUGGUAAGACUUUUGAUGUUUGUCUGUUUAAUACAUCAAGUAUGAGUCUGUUUUUAUGAAACGAACUGUCUAGAAAAUGACAUGAACUGUUUAGGAAAGGAAUGAACUACAAACCUUUUAAUCUUUAAUUUGUGCAUGUGUUUGUGUGAAGGUUUCAACUCAUAGCCCACCAGUGUAGACCCCAGUGGGGGCGGGGGAGAGGGGUGGCGGGGGGUACUCCGGAUUUCAAGUGACAGGGAUGAUUAAAGGAUUUUGGGGGGGGUUUGAAAUUUUUGAUUUCAGGAUUUUUUUUGGGAAGGAAAAUUUUGACAAGUAAUUUUUGGGGGAAGCUUGAGUUGAGUAGAGAGUUUCUGGGGUAUUCAAAACUUAUGUUUCUGGUUUUCGUCGAAUAUCAUUUAAUGCUUUCUGGAAAUUUUUAUGCCACAGAAAUUCAGCAUGAGAUUUUUUGGGCGCUUAAAUUUUUGUCCAGGAAUUUUCUGGGGUUUUGAUUUCUGCCUGCAUUCAAUCAUCUCCGUCACUUGAAAUCCAAGUACCACCCCUGGGAUGCAGAACAUAGUUUUCAGAUUCCUUUUGAGUUGUUUCCAAUCACAACACUGACUCUGCUGUUUAUUAACUCAAUACCCCUUACACUUUUCGUCGCACAUACAUACCUCCAUAAAAAGUAAAUUUGCAUAUAAUAGACAAGAGUAAAACUGAUACAUAUUUGGGCAUGACACAGAAGAGGUGGUAAUUUUUUAUUAAAUUCCAUUUUUGUGUUAGAGUUGUGUCAUCUUUUAACCUUGAAAAUACUAAUACUUGUCUGUUGUUCAUGCAGUUUUGGGUUUAACUUGGAUUAGCUAAGGGCUAAGGUUCAAAUUGCAGGGCAUUUUGUUAACCUACACACCAGCAAAUACUCCAUUUGAUACUAAAAUGUUAAUCAGCUGGGCUUUAAAUUUUCUUUAGGAGCCAGAAGAAGUUGUUCUUGGGGAAGAGGUUCAGUUCUACUCAUUUAAUGGACGGAGACGAUUUAAAGUCAAGAGGCACACUUUUCAAUAUAUUUCUGUCAUCAGUAUGCUUCAAGUGUUGCUGAAUCAAUAUGAUGUAUUCACUGAGGUAAAGUUUUGAACACAUUUGUUUAUAAUAUUUUUGAGAUUCAGUUUUGUUAAUGAACUAGGGCAACCUAUGACUUUCUUUUUGAUCAUGAGAAGUAGGGCUCAGUCAUCUUACUUUUUGAGGCAUCAAGUUUGUUGUGUAUAUUUAUGCAGUUAAUUUUUUUUUCAGAUUGAACAUGGUCACAGCAUGCCAGAAGGGAAAAUAAGAGAUUUCUGUGAUGGAAGCUUAUUCAACAACCACCCCUUAUUUUCUGCUAACUCCAAAACCCUUCAGAUAAUGACAUAUUUUGAUGAAUUUGAAGUGUGUGAUCCUCUUGGCUCUAAAGCAUCUAAACACAAAAUGGGUUUGUACACUACUAAACCUUAUUUUUAUUACUCUUUUGUAUGUUUUAUAAGGGAUAAAAAAACUGGAAGUGUGUAUUAGUGAGUCCUAAUCUGUUUUUGUUAGAGCCCCCUUUAUAUUAAUUCCAGGACAAAUACAGUUUCAUAUAUGCAUGUGUCUAGAUGAUGUAGGCAUUGCCUCUCUUUCUAUUUUGUUUUUGUUUUACUGGUAAAAAUGAAGCUUAUACUGCAACUUUGAAAUCAGUUCAGAUUUGACUCCUGCCCUAUGUUCCACUGGUCACUGAAGGAAAUAUGAUAAUGAUCAAGAUUAAUUUGUCAAUGUCUCCAUGAGCUGAAGUUGCAUAUCUUUAGUAUUUAAAGAAGGGUGCUAAUUAUGGAAUAUAUUUUUUCAUUCAUUUGAAUAAUAGCUGCAUUUUAUUGGAUGCUUGGCAAUCUCCACCCUAAGUACCGCUCAGUUUUGAGAUCAAUGCAGUUAGUGGCUAUUUGUCCCUCACGAUACCUUAAUCGAUAUGGAUUUGAUAAAGUUUUGCAUCGAUUCAUGGUAGAGAUCAACAUGCUUGAGUCUGUAAGUAUUUUUAAUGUGCAUUGAUCAUCUGAGCGAUACAGCCACAUCAGUCUUACUUCUGAUAAUUAUCUGAACUUUCUAUCUAUGGUCAAACUCAAGUUCCAAAAAUAUUUAUAUUUUCAAAGAAGUUCAGGAAUGAGGUUCAGAGAUCAGUAAUUUAAAUUAAGAGAGAAGUGACAGGGGUUUGAUCUGCCUUGCAUGAGGAUCUUAUUUUUCAACGUAAGGGUUGAUUUCCUGUGUCGCGUAAUUCUUACGCGUGUAUACAAGCAUAAAAUUUACGUUCGCAAAUUAAAUAGGGGCAAUACAUGAAAGGUCGCCCGUAACCAUAAAAGUUGAACCUUGCUCAACUUCUUGUCUUUGCUCAGCACUUUUUAUCUUGCCUCUGUUUUAUUUACGUGAUUAAAAUUUACAUGCAUUGCAGGUGCGUAGCCAAAAACGCGUCAGUGGAAAUCAACCUUAAAACUGCACCCAUUCUUUUACCAUCUAUUUAAUUCAAAUAAAAGUUGUUAAAAGACUAUUAAAAUUACAUUAAAACUACAUAACCUUGUUUAAAGGAAUAUCUUGGUGAAACUGUAUAGUUAUUUCAGUAGCAUUAGAAUCAAACUUACUAACUGUCAUAAAGGAGAAGUUACCUAAAUUGCCUUGUCAUACAUAUAGUUACCCUUACCCUUUUAAUUAAAUACAGGUUUAAUAAUGAAGUUGCCAUUUUUGGGUUAGGUCUUUGAAUGUCGCUUUAUUUUCAGGAUGCUGGAAUUCCUUUUGAAGUCAAUGGUGUGGCUAUACACUUCAGUGGUACAAUAGGACUGUGCCUGGCAGACAAUCUUGGUAGUCAUUCUUGGGGAGGUUUUAUGGAAAGUUUCAGUGCGUAUAGAAAAUGCAGGUUUUGCAUGGGAACUCCAGAGGAUAUACAACAAAAGGUACAAAUUAAAACUUGUAAUAGUUCAUGUCUUUAAUUAAACGCAUGGAUCUUUAUCUCAAAUCAGUUGUAGAAUCUGCAGUGGUGUCUUACUUAUUUUGUAGUUUACUGAGGAGGAAUUUGUACUAAGAAGCCGAAUUGGACAUGACCAUCAUCUGGACCAAAUUGAGGUAGAUCCUUCCUGUACAUCAGUUUAUGGAGUAAAAAGAAAGUCACCAUUAAAUAAAAGUAAAUAUUUUCACGUUGUGGAUGGACUUCCUUCUGACAUCAUGCAUGACCUGUUGGAGGGUGUAAUACCACGGCACUUGAAGUUACUUCUUCGGUUCUUCAUUAUGGAGAGUAAUUUUUUCACUCUUGAAAUGCUGAAUGAGAAGAUUAAGACAUUUGAUUAUGGCAUUGUAGAAACAUCCAACAGACCUUCAACUAUAACAAACUUAACUUUAAGUUCAAAUGAUGACAACCUCAAACAAUCAGGUCAGUGAACACCAGUCUACUGUAUGGUUAAAUAAUGUGAUUAUUUGAUAAACAUUGAAGACAACAGGAAUUAAUUAGUAAAUAAUGCAUUGAGGCUUCCAGUACCUGGUAGUCUUUCACUGUCAAGUCUAGCUCUUCAAUAGCUAUAGGCAUUCUUCGAUUGGUUUAUUAAAUCUGUUGUUGGAAAAGUUGGUAAUUUUUGAUAUUAUUUUAUUAUCAGUUUUGAUUUACAUUGACAGUGGUUAACCUCAGUAUAACAAACCUCUGUAACAUAAUGAAAUGUCAUAUAUAUAGCAAACAUAUUUGGCCAAUCCCUUGACCCUUAACAUUUCCUUAAAUGCUGAAGAGUCUUUUAUUUUGCUUGGUUUUAUAUAGCUGCUCAAAUGUGGUGCUUAGCACGCUACUUUCCUCUGAUGAUAACUGAAUGGAUUCCUCCAGAUAAUGACCAUUUAAUCCUUUUUUGCGAUUUGCUUCGAAUUGUGGAUCUAUGCUGUGCCCCUGUAGCAAGUGCCACCGCUGCAGCCUAUUUAAGAAUUCUUAUCAAAGAUUAUUUGCAAGAAAUGCUGUUGCUAUAUCCAAGCAAAAAUAUAUCACCUAAGCAGCACUUUUUGGUCCACUAUCCUAGACAGCUUGUUCAGUGAGUACCACAUAAUGAUUUACAUUAUUGCAAUUUUCUUUUUUCCUUUACUAUAUUAAAAUUGUUCACUCAAUAUAGGCGUUGUGAUAAACAAUUUAAUCUUGUCCGCAAGCUGCCUUGAACAUAAUCCCUAGCUUCUUUUGUAGGAAAGGAAAAGAAACAGAAAUGAAUGAACUUCUUAGCUGUUAAAUUCCCCCGCCAGGAUUCCAUGUGUCCCUGUUAGUGAAUCCCUGUUGUUUGUGUGCAUAUUAGCAUAAUUUGUGAAAAAAAGGUGAAUUCCCUUAAGCACAACUUACAACUCAAUAUUAAAAAAAGUCUUUUACAAAAUACCUGGAUUGGGCUUUUACAUGUAGUAUAGAUAUCGUCAACUUCAACGUUUUGUAUUGGUUGGAUUGGUAAUAACUAUUCUCUCAUAUAAUAUAAAAUGUUCAAUUUACAACUUUUAUUACAGAGUUGGUCCUCUUAUCAGACUGUGGUGUAUGCGAUUUGAGGCUAAAAACCACUAUUUCAAGAAGCUGGCAAGGAGCUCAAAGGGUUUCCAGAAUUUGUGUAAAACACUGGCCAUCCACCAUCAAAGGCUACAGUCUUAUUGGCUUUCUGUUGAAGGAGGAUAUCUACGUUCAGCUCAGGAAAAUGGACCAGGUUUCUUCACCUAGCACCUGAGACAUGAAUUCACUCACUGCAUAUUUUGAAUGUUUUUUUUUUCUGUUAAACCUGAUUGGCAAAUUUUUGUAUAAUUUAUUGCUGGUUAUAGUACUUAAACUUUAGAAGAACGAAAAGUAAAUAUCCUUUUAAAUGUUUUAUGUCUGAAAACGAAUUUGAAUAUGAACACUUCUUCAAAAAAGUGAUGGUGUUGGUAGCUUUAAUGGUGUUUGUAUGUGUAUGAGUGUAUGUGUGGAGGGUUGUGGAGUGGUAAAGGGUGUACAAGCCUUCUCAUCCGGAAUAACCUGUAAAAACGGUGGGGUAGGGUACCUUUUUUUUCUCUUUUCUACAUUUUGCAGUUCUUUUCACCCACUCAAUGCCAUGUACAAGCUAAAUGUAGGUCCCCACUCAGCUGGAUUUGUCAUACAAAAAAGGGUCAAUGGAAUGGAGGCUUGCAUUAACGUAUUUACUGAGUUUAUGUUCCCCAUUUUAUAUUGCAUCAUUUUAAGGGAGAAGCAUUGCUGUUAAUGAAAUGACAAGAGUGGGUCAGAAUGCUCUAUAUGGCCACUUUCCUUAUAUCUUACCAGAUACUAUACUCUACAGGUACAUGAAUGGGUAAAGGUAUUAUUAUUCUGAUGAAUAAAUGAAAAAUAAGAAAGUGUCUCAUUCAUAUUAUUAUUUUAUACAUUCCUGACUGUUUCAUUAAUUUAUAAUUUAUAAUGGGAAACUUAAUAAUGUUGACUAUUAUUUAAUUGCCUCCUUAAUUCAUAAUAUUGCAUUUACAUUCAACCAGGUAAUAUCUGUAAACUAAAAUACUUUUCUUUACAUUUUGCAGGCCAAAUUGGGUUCAGUGCUUUGGGACAAAGUACCAGGCAAGGCAAAUUCUUGUGAUUGGGCAUGAUGGCCUCCUGCCUCAGUUUCUUCAAAUUGCUGAAAUUCUAAUUUUACCAAAUGGAAGUAUAGUUUUUGUUGGAAACAAGUUAGGCACAGUCAGGCACAUUGAACAUCUUUGUUCGUAUGAGAUUUUAGUACGUAACGAAGAGCUGAUAAGUAGCUAUGAAGCCCUUAUCGAUCACCACCCUUUAUUACUCCACAGAGUUAAGGUUGGAGGUAUUGAGACACUUGUUGUGAGGAUGAGAUAUGACCUGGCAGAUGCUGUAUAA